AUGAGUAAAAAGCCCCCCAACCGACCUGGAAUCACUUUUGAGAUUGGUGCUCGUUUGGAGGCACUGGACUACUUACAAAAAUGGUACCCAUCACGUAUUGAAAAAAUAGACUAUGAGGAGGGCAAGAUGCUAGUCCACUUUGAGCGCUGGAGUCAUCGUUACGACGAGUGGAUUUACUGGGACAGCAAUCGACUCCGACCCCUGGAGAGCCCGUCGCUCAGGAGGGAGGGGCUGAAGGACGAGGCUGACCUCUCUGAUUUUAAAGCCGGAGAGGAAGUUCUGGCUCGUUGGACAGACUGUCGCUAUUACCCUGCCAAGAUUGAAGCAAUUAACAAAGAAGGCACAUUCACAGUUCAGUUUUAUGAUGGCGUAAUUCGUUGUUUAAAAAGAAUGCACAUUAAAGCCAUGCCCGAGGAUGCUAAGGGGCAGGUGAAAUCCCAGCAUCCACUAAGCUGGUGUUGUCCUAUCGACCCAGCUGGAUCGUGUAACCAGUCUAUGGGAAGUGAGGAUUGGAUAGCUUUAGUCAAAGCAGCUGCUGCAGCUGCAGCCAAGAGUAAAGCCGGGAGUAAACCCCGGACCAGUGCAAACAGCAAUAAAGAUAAAGAAAAGGACGAGAGGAAAUGGUUUAAAGUCCCUUCAAAGAAGGAAGAAACGUCCACUUCAACAGCCACUCCAGAGGCUGAGAAGAAGGAAGAUCUGCCCGCGUCUAGUGAAGCAUUUGGACUGCAUAUAGAGAACAUCCCAAAGAUGGUCUUUGCACAGCCAGAGCACACGUUAUCAAACAAGAGGAAGGACAGCCAAGGCAGCUCGUUUCAGGCAAAGAGAGCUCGGCUUAACAAGAUCACUGGUUUGUUGGCAUCCAAAGCUGUCGGGGUGGAUGGUGCUGAGAAAAAGGAAGACGGCAAUGAAACGGCUCCAGUGCUGGAGCAGGCGAUUUCACCUAAACCUCAAAGUCAGAAAAAAAAUGAAGCUGACAUUAGCAGUUCUGCCAACACUCAGAAACCUGCACUGUUAUCCUCAACUUUGUCUUCAGGGAAGGCUCGCGGCAAGAAAUGCAGACUUGAAUCUGGAGGUUCUUCUGGGUGUCUAAAGCCCCCUAAGUCACCACUUCCCCCAGAGUUAAUACAAGUCGAGGAUUUGCCGCUUGUAUCUCAGCUUUCUUCUUCAAUGAUAAAUAAAACUAGUCCUCCACAGCCCGUGAGCCCCCCUAGACCUUUCAAGCAUGGUGAACGGAGGAGAAGAUCACAGCGUUUAGCCACUGUGCCCGUGUGUGAUGUCUCUGUAGAAAAGGUCUCUCCCUGUCCAGCUACUGAUGGGAAAGCAUUCUCCAUCAGUUCGCAAAAUCCGCACGAGUCUUCAGACCCAGAGGUGCCCGAUGUUGCACAUUUGUCACUCGAGAAGCUGGGACCUUGCCUCCCUCUUGACUUAAGUCGUGGCUCCGAAGGUGCGGCUUCAGCGCCCUCAGAUCUCUCUUCCCGUAGUGAAUGCCCCAGGGCCGAAAAGGAAGUGGCCCAGGUGCCUCCAUGCCCCUCCUCCAGAGCAGCCCUUGACGGCCGAGGAGCUCCAGCCACAGCCACAGGAAUGUUGAAAACAGAGAAAAAAGUGAAAUUGGAAGAAAAAAGCUCAACAAUAUUUGGUAAGAGGAAAGAAAAGGAUAAGGAACGAAAAGAGAAGAGAGACAAAGACCACUACAAGCCAAAACAGAAGAAGAAAAAGAAGAAGAAAAAGAAAUCUAAGCAGUAUGACUAUUCAGACUAUGAAGACAGUUCCUUAGAGUUUCUAGAAAGGUGCUCCUCUCCACUGACUCGAUCUUCUGGGAGCUCCCUGGCUCUGCGCAGCGUGUUUGCCGAGAAGAACACAGCCUAUCAGUACCCGAGGGCCAUCUUGUCUGUUGACCUUAGCGGGGAAAACUUGUCAGAUACCGAGUGCCUAGAUGACUCAUCCACAGAGAGUUUGCUUCUAAGUGGAGAUGAGUACAGUCAGGACUUUGAUUCAGCCAAUUUUGAGGAGUCUCAGGACGAAGAUGAUGCCAUUAAUGAAAUCGUGCGGUGCAUCUGUGAGAUGGAUGAGGAGAACGGCUUCAUGAUUCAGUGUGAAGAGUGCCUUUGUUGGCAGCACAGCGUGUGCAUGGGGCUGCUGGAGGACAGCAUUCCGGAGCAGUAUAUUUGCUACGUUUGCAGAGACCCCCCUGGCCAGAGGUGGAGUGCCAAGUACCGUUGUGAUAAAGAUUGGCUAAACAAUGGCAGAAUGUGUGGACUAUCCUUUUUAAAAGAAAAUUACUCUCAUCUCAAUGCCAAAAAGAUAGUGUCCACCCAUCACCUGCUCGCCGACGUUUAUGGGGUGACGGAAGUGCUGCAUGGCUUGCAGCUGAAGAUCGGGAUCCUGAAGAACAAACACCAUCCUGACCUUCACCUCUGGGCUUGUUCUGGGAAGCGAAAAGAUCAAGAUCAAGUCCUUGCGGGGCUAGAGAGAAAAAUGACAGUUCAAGGCGUACUGAAUCUAGAAGAGAAGACAUAUCGUGCUCAGAACCAUAAUGAGCCUCCUCGCCUGCCUCCCAGGACAGAGGGCACGUACAUAACAAGUGAACACAGCUACCAGAAGCCCCCCAGCUUCAGCCAGGACUGCAGGACCCACACAGACCCUGGGAGCUCUGAUGACGAUGACGUCAGUAGUUUUGAAGGGGAGCAAGAAUUUCACAGGGGAGGCAAAACCCGCCUCCAGUUCUCAGUGAAGGAAGACGGGAGGCCAGAAAAGAACCCGGCUGAAGGGAGUGCGGUGUUUGUUUAUAAUGAUAAAAAGAGCAGUGGAGACUCAGGAGAAUCCCAUCUUCAGUGGCAGCUGAACCUCCUCACACACAUAGAAAAUGUGCAGAAUGAAGUGACCAGCAGAAUGGACCUCAUAGAAAAAGAAGUUGAUGUUCUGGAGAGCUGGCUUGAUUUCACAGGGGAGCUGGAACCCCCAGAUCCUCUCGCAAGACUGCCACAGCUUAAACGCCACAUAAAACAGCUGCUAGUUGACAUGGGCAAAGUACAACAGAUAGCAACUCUGUGCUCCGUAUGA